AUGACUUCAAAUUUAUUCAGGCUAGCCAGCUCGGUGUGCAAUGUUGCGAGCAGGGCUAUGCACAUGCAGGCAGCCCAGCCGGGGAGUGUGACCUCGGCGCUGCAGCUCGUCAAAUCACAGCCCUCACAGUACGUCGUCGCGUCGCUGGCUGGGCGAAAAUACCUGCUUGCUCCCCGUGACGUCCUCACGGUGCCCCGGAUGCGGGAUGUAAAGGUCGGCGACGUCCUCACACUCAAUGAAGUCCACGAGCUCGGCUCGCGAGAGUACACUAUUCGUGGCAACCCAGUCAUACCGCCAUCUCGCGUUAAGGUCGAAGCCACCGUCAUCGAGCACACCAAGGGGAAGAUGGAGUACAUCUUCAAGAAGAAAAGAAGAAAGGGCUACCAAAAAACCAUUACACACAAGCAACCGUAUACGCGCAUACGAAUUGGGUCCAUUGACAUCCCGGCCGUCGAAGCAUCUUCAUAG